AUUCUGUAAUUAUGAACUGUAACAUCCAGUAUCCUAUGUAAAUUGAUUAUUUUCUUCUAAUAAUUUCUAUUUUUGGUUAUUGUUUAACCAUUUGCAAUCACAUAUUCUAUUUCAACACUUAACAAUGUCUCUGGAUCUCCGUUUUGCUGUGUCAUGUUCAAGUAACAUGAACCGAAGUAUGGAAGCUCAUGCGAUGCUCCAGAAGAAAGGCUUCAAAGUUAGGUCUUUUGGCACAGGAGACAAGGUUAAACUCCCUGGCCCAGGACCUGAUAAACCCAAUUGCUAUGAAUUUGGAACUUCAUAUGAUUUCAUUUACAAGGAUUUAUUGAACAAAGAUAAAGCUCUGUAUACUCAGAAUGGGCUCCUGCACAUGCUUGAUCGCAACAGGAGAAUAAAGGAUGGUCCUGAGAGGUUCCAAGAUUGCACUGACAAAUUUGACAUCAUUCUUACCUGUGAAGAAAAAGUUUAUGACCAAGUUCUGGAAUUUUUGGAGUGCCAUAUUCCCGAAGAGAAUAAUCCUGUGCACAUCAUCAACAUUGACAUCCAAGACAAUCAUGAAGAGGCUACCAUCGGCGCCUUCAUGAUCUGCGAGCUUGCUCUCUUGCUAUCAAGUUCAGAUGACUUAGAUAAUGACAUUGACGAAUUACUGCACGAGUUUGAGAACAAAUGCCAGCGCAAUAUUCUUCACUGUGUCCAGUUCUACUAAGCGGUUGCUUCUCUCGUAUCACAGUCAUCACGGAAGAGGAGUUCUUCAUUUAGUUCUAGUUUGGGUGCGUUUUGUCUCCUGAAGAUGUACCAGAUUCAAUCCUAACCCUAACGAACAGCCUGUUUAUUAGUUAUUUUUUUUAAUUUUCAUUUAGUUAUUUAAAGUCAUUUGUAUAUUUUUUGCUUGGGGAAACAACCAUUUUCUUACUCCUCUCAUUCAUAAUUUCCCUUGCAUGAAGUGGAUGGGUAAUAAGUGGAUUACAUAUUCAAAAUACUGGCAAACUGGUACAAAAAUGUUAUUGUAUGUCUUUAUCCAUUUCAAACAGAGAUGCAACUUUGAGCGACACAAAAAUUAGAUUUUUUCACUUUCAAGCAUCCUGCUAAAAGCUAAUAUGUUAAAUCUAACUUGCUUAUGAAUGUUUAUUAGAGAAUAUUAGAAAUGUUUGUGUUAAAGAAAUUUUCUUUCCUAUUCAGGUUCGCAUUUCUCAGUUGACGUAGUAAUUACAAUUAAAUGCAGCCAGCAACGCGAUGUUCGUCAUAGGCGUGUCCGGUUCUUGAUGCGAUCUUUGGUGUCGUUUUGACGACGUUCUCGGUUUUAUUGUCUCGAGACUCACGGUUACUUCACUUCAAUUAUCUUGCUAAAAAUAUCCCAAGUGUAAAUGUUGGCAAGUAAUUAUUUCUUAGCUGAUUAUUUCAAGUUAAGACUUGAUCUAUGUUAAUACAUCGCACCAUAUGCUAUCCGAUUUUGACACCCGCAAACAUCUAUUCAAGAAUUUCACGUAUAAGAUUUCAUUGAUGAAAGUGACUGUGUCAUUUUAUCCAAGAAACAAACGCUUAUAGCGGCUGAAAUAGAAGCAUAGUUUGCAAACGGUCAAAGAACUGCUUUCGUUCACGGAAUUUGCUACUGCUAAGAGAUCCUCUGUGCAAACCGGUAAUGACAUAAACGUAGGAAUUAUUAAAUAUCAUGACAUUCUCGACUCAAUGGGCUUAGAGUGCCGCUAACGAGCGAUUUGUUAGAUAUUUGACUUGUAAAGUAUCCAAUGUAGUUGUACAUUCAUCAUCUAAUAUUUACUUUGACGUGUUAACAGAACUUUGGACGUGAUGUCAAAAUCUCUAUGUUACGAUAGUACUUCUCGUAUUUGUCUAGAAAUCUUUGGGUCUUACACCAUCUUGUUGUUUCCAGCUCAAGAGUAUGAAGCAAAAUUUUUCAAGUUGAACUGUUUUGUGAGUUUGAAUUAAAAGUUCUAGUUGUAACGAGUCGCAUGAAACUAGCCGAGUUUAUUAUUCAGUGUUGACAUGUGCUCGAAAUUGAUUUCGAUUGCAAGCGAUUGAGUUGUCAACUCAUUGUACUAGAUUGAUUUUUCUUGCUAAUGUGUUUAAGUUCUAGCUAUCGUUACAUUCUCAGAAGCUAGAAAAAAUUCUAGCUAAAGCUACAUUCUCAGAAGUUAUGAACUUCACAGAAAAAGCUGUUAACGACCUAUUGCUUCCAUGUUGUCAUUUAACCUAUUUAAAAGUGUGAUUGUUCAUUACAUGUCUACGUCAAGCAUUUUGUAAAUAUUCGAGCUCUUCUGAUAGAUCAAAUAGGGAUUCUUGCGGGUACUUUCAAUGCGACGCUUGAUUAGCUAUAUAGUGGAGAGUGCAAUAUCACAUUCACCUUCUAUGGCUUCAGGAGUGUAGCGAAUUGAGCGGGAAUGUGUUCUUGUGGUUGAGAUUGUUCAAGUAUGGCUUUUAAUUCGGCGCCACACAGGAAGCUUUCCAAGAUGCCUGCGGCUUAUAACCUUUAUGGUGAAACAUCAUCGCUUCACUAUGGUCUACUCUGUUGUAAUGUGAUGGUCUGUUGUGCUCAAAUUGUCUACUUAAGAUCAAUGCAUAUUUUUCAGUUUGCUGUAAUGUCUUUCUUCGUUCAUUACAUAUACUUUCCAGAUAAUUAUCGCGUUCCGGUCAACCCAGAGUGCGUAUGUGUCACACUGAACGUAUUAUCUUCAUAAUAUUUCGCUGUCAACGUUUCCUACGUCCCAAUACAUAUACGCAUUGCAGGUGACGUAAGAACUCAACCAAUGCCUUGCCGCUGCUCUUGUGAACAAGUAGUACAAGUUUACGAGCUUUCUAUACUCAUUUGGUGCAAGAUUUUCUCCAUUGAACUGGUCUGGCGUCACACUUUUACAAUUAUAUAUUUCAUAUUACUGUUCAACCAAUAUUUAAUGUAAUGAAAUUCCUCUCCUGAAAAAUAUUAAUGUGUGUAUUCAGGAGUGCAUCGUCAGGACACAAGUACUACGAAUAUUCGACUUAAUUACGAAAGCUUUGAAUUUAAUACGAGCAUUUACCAUUUCUGCAUGGCCUCCUCCUGUCAGGCAUUUCAAUAGUAACAACUCAAGUACUAAAUCCAUUGCAUUCGACUUACCCGUAAGUUUUUUUCCUGUUACAAUUCUUUUUAAACGCUUAUUACUCAGAAAGUAAUUGUUUGCGUACCGCUUUUGUUCCCUAUUAUGUUUUUCAAGCGUUUGGAAGAGCAGUAUCAUGAUCAGUCAUACGUGGCUCAAAAUAUCGCUCACUACAGAAGUAAAGGACUUGCUGCAAAAAUGAAGAAAAUAAACUUCAACUCUAUUCAAGUUUGGAUUGAAAUUAAUCCUUGUAAUCUUAUUAAAUUCAUUUACAAGUUCAUACGAACUUAAGACAAGUUUACUUGUAAUCCCACUGGCGUUAUGCAUGAACUAUUCGCAUUAAAACCUGCCAAUUAUGAUCACUGGAAAAAUGAAAUACUCGUUAAAUAUAUUAAUUCCUAUAACAUUUUACAAGAUGAUCGAUUCAUGUCUUGGAUGUGGAAUGUUCAAUUUAUGUUAUUACAUCAGUGUACAGUUAUUACAUCAGUGUACUAGGUUUGCAGGAUCUCUGCAAGCCUAGCGAGACUCCACACCUCAACGUCGAAAGCUCGCAAAAUCUUAUUAGUUGUAGGUAAGGAGUAAAUAUAUUGCGUAAUAUUCAUAA